GAGUCCCGCAGCUGUCAAGAGCGUUCAGGAAUGUGUGUGUCGCUCUGUAAACCACUGUGAACACAGAGCUGUGGUCUUGUCUCUGACCGCUGGUUUGUUAGGAAACAUCAUGUUUCAGUCCUGACUGAAAUGACUCCACAACUCUUGAGCUAAUGGCUCCGAAGCACUGAAGGACGCAGUGUAACCCGCUGAGGACAGAAGUUACUCGGGUCGCCAUGGCGUCUCUAACCGUCACCUCGGCGGCUCGGAGCAUCGAGAAGCAUCGGAAGUCCUUCUCGCUGCUCUUCUACCGCGCUGUGAGGGACCUGAAGCCGGUCUGGAUGCUGGAGGACAUGCGGACGAUGGAGACGUUUUACCAGGAGGAGGACGCCAGUCAGAGGAUUUACAGCCCGUCAGAGGCGUUGCUCUACGCUAUAGUUCACGAUCACCAGGCAUACGCCCAGUACUUGCUCAGCCGGUACACUGACGAAGCGCUAGCGAAGCCCGGGGAGCGUUUCUGCUGCUGCCCGUCCUCCGCCCCACACCUGGCUAUGGCUGUCCGCUACGACAGGCGUUGCAUCCUCAGCCUCAUCUUACAAGAGACUCAUCGGAUAUCCAGCACACCCUCCUACACGGACCGAGCCGAGUGUUUUCACAACGAGGACGGCAGAACCCCUUUACAUCUGGCCUGUGAGCUCCUGCGGCCCGAGGCGGUCAUCAUGCUACUGGGGAACGGAGCGUCCCCGCACGCCCAGGACCACAGCGGCUUGACCCCGCUGGAUGUCAUUCUGGAGAAACUCAGGGACUCUGCGGAGGUGAGCGGCGGGGAGAGGAGGCAGUGCCUGGACAACCUGCUCAUGUUCAUGCCAAAGGUUCACUUUAAAAUGAAAGGCGCUCUGGACAGAGAGCCGGAGCGCUGGGCCAAGGUGCUGGGCGAGGAGACGUACAAGUACCUGGCGGGACGGAGCCCGGCGCCGCUGGUCCUCACCGCUAUGCAGACUAUCCUGAAGCAGCUGAGCCCAGCGACCUUCCCGGACAGCCUGCACGAGUUGCCCAUCCCCUCCUCCCUCAAACCGCCAUGUCUGCUUCUGAGCCAGCGGGACAGGCAGAGAGUGGUGUAGCAUCGGUGUGACAUGAUGCAUGUUCUGUUUUAGCAUGGUGUGUGUGUGUGUGUGUGUGUGUGUGUGUGUGUGUGUGUGUGUGUGUGUGUGUGUGUGUGUGUGUGUGUGUGUGUGAAGAGCCUGUCUGGCUGUAAAGCGGUAACACUUGGUGAUAGGGUUGCACAGAUAAACACUAACAGUCAGGGAACAAAUGAAUGGCUCGUAUCUACUGAUGAGACUUUAAUCUUACUGUCAGGCUGAUGUGAUCAGCUGGAGCUGGAGGCUGACCAAACUGCAGAGGCAGUUUUCAGGACAAGCAAGCAGUGGGCAGAGCAGAGGAGGGAAUCAACAGCCAUACUCCAUAACUUUCUAUACUAAUUCUAAUUCAGGCAUUAACAAUUUGUCUAACCUCAUUCUAAAUUGUUACCUACUAAUACUACUGCUGUUGAAGCCACUGUAUCAUAUCAGACUGAAGGCAGUCUAAGUCAAGUGUGUUACUGUUGUUGUUGUUUUGUUAUUUAAUUUACCUGGGUUGUAUUUAAGAGUCAUGUUAAAGAAAGUAUUCUUCAGGUAACUUAAAAACUCUUUGGA